UCCUUCUUUGGUAAUUUUUUCAAUUUUCUCAUCACUAUCAUGGCUGCCAAAAAUAUUGAGGUUGACUACAUUACUGACGACUCCAAGAGAAAUACAACAUUCAGAAAAAGGAAGCAAGGUAUCAUCAAGAAGAUGGAUGAAAUUACCACCCUUUGUGGAAUUGAUGCAUGUGGUAUAAUCUAUGAUGAAAAUAUGUCACAGCCAACAAUUUGGCCAUCAAAAGAUACAUUUCAAACAUUGAUGGACAAAUUUAGAACCCUUCCUGAAUCAGAACAAAGAAAAGUGACGUUGGAUCACGAGGACUUCUUGAAGAACACAAUAGCAAAAGAUCGUGAGAAAUUAAUCAAACAAACAGACAUCAUCACCAAGAAGAAUAAAAUGAAUAAUUUACUUGAUCAUUUUAUCCGAACAGGUGAAUUUGACGGAAAUGAUUUGAGCGAAAGUGAUCUCGAAGAUUUGUCAUUGCUUAUUGAUGACAACCUAAAAGGACUUGGGCAGAUGACGAAAUAAAUUUAAGGAUAAACUAAUAAUAGAUGUUCUCAAAGGGUUUUACCCUAACUGUUCUUUGUUUUAGUUUUUAUUUCCAUUGAAAAUAAUUUUUAUUAGA